AUGGUGAAGGUGGUGAUGAUAUUCGCAGCCUUUGGCGCAAUACUCUUUGAUACCCCGCGUGCGACGAUCUACACAAUUGGCAACAGAUCAAUGUCAAUACCACUCGCUACGGUGGCUCCUGCUGACCAUUUGACCAGUGCAUCGGGUAAUUUGAAGCCGCUGCUUAACUCGUCAAGCGAUGACAGUACCAAUACUAACGGAAGCUUAACCGCUGGAAAUCGCUCAUCUACUACCGACGGCGACGCAUCUGAUCGAGACUCUGACGACUCUGAAGACAGCAGCGAUGAUGAAUCUAUGGACAGUGAAGAGAUUCCACAUGCAUCAGGAACUGCAGGGCCACUAGCAGUCGUGAACGCCGCGUUUAAACUCGGCAGCGUGCUCAACGCAACCAGCACUAUCGAGCAGACGUAUGUCAACUGGGUUGGCAAUAGCAAGUAUUACUAUUCUUCUCGCGCAUGCUGGCGGAAGGCUCACAUCGCCAAGACGUGUCCUCUGGGAUUCGACAGCAAACUUGGGAUGUGCUGGACGCAGUGUCCAUAUGCGUAUCCGGUCGAGUGUGGACUCGAGUGCAUCCGGCAGAAUGAUGGCUGUGGUAUGGAAGUGUUUUACAAGGUUGCGGUCGUGGUCCAGAACGCGAUCUCGCUUUCCGCUUGGAGUAUUUACGGUGACAUGACAAAGUGGGCAAAAAGUACUCAAGUCGCUGUGAAGUGCAUCAAGUAUAUGAUCAGUCUCACCAAGUCUCUGGUCCGAUAUAUUCGCUACAUCAAAAUUCACGACCCUCAGACCUCGCAAGACCAACUUCUUGCUAUCUUGUACCAGAUUGACAAUGUCAUAAUCGAUAUCCCCGUGACGAUUUCUUAUUGCGUCGGUAGCAAAGUGUCCGACGAUGUCAAGUUCGCGGACAUGGUAAUUACGACUGCAGAGUACGCAUUGAAAGAAAUUAUUUACAGCGGGGACUACAUCCUCUCAAGUUGGAGCUCGUUUACAAAUUUUAUGAAGAAAAUCGCGUUAGGUGAGUCCAUCUCAUCGUUGAAAAGCACCGAAAUUACGUCUCUGAAGUCUGCGCUGAAGUCUAACACAACGUGUGGCUACGACUUGAAACGUCUACUUGAUCGUACGUGGAUGACUGUGGCAGAACUGCGUUCUCUAAAUCCUGACAUCUCUGAGGACGACAUUCGAGUUAUCAUGAGUCAGUCGAACCUUAUGCUGAACGACAUCCCUAUAGCAACGAACAACUGCAUGGACGAACUUCUGGCACAGUCGGACGAAAACACCGCAUAUGCCACGCGUGAAACUCUUCGAAAAACAUUCGUUACCAUCGUGGACGACUUGAUUAGUGCAGGAACGAGCGACAAUGGCACGUUUCUGAAUUUUGGAGAAUAUGCUUUCAAGAUAGCAGACAGAGCGAUUGCUUUCUGGUCCAUUUGGGAUCCGUUUUACAUUUCGUCCGUGAUUUCCGAGUUUGUUCAACCCAUUUGCGGCCCCACACAACUCAUUGGAGAGAUUGACGACGGAAAUGUGAAGAAAGCGCUAGGAAUGUCGAUUGUUCAGGGAGCUUUUAACAACAGCGACGGUAUGUGGAGGAAACUUGGUGACGGAACGGUCACUAUAACGUUUAAAAGCGUUGAUACGGAAGACGUGCGUGUCAAUAUCAAGUCUGGCGGUGAUAAAAUUGCCGAAGUGCCUGUUCCAGCGGGUAAAACUGUGACUUGGAAGUCGAAUGUGACGACGCUGGGAGGGAAAACUUUGUACUUAGAUCGGUGGCGUCCAGGUUUUCUGGGUCUCCCGGGUACUGGAGGUGGUUCGCUACUUCUGUGGAUCCCUCGGUCGACUCAUGGAGGCAGUCUGGAACUUAACGCGAUGUUAAAUGUUAGUUGAACUGUGAUCUUAGUACUGCUGCAACAUAUUUAAAAAUGUAAAAUUAUUGAUUCGAAG